AUGGACUUUUCAGCAAGUAGGUCAUCUCAAUCAGGUCCCCAAACGGCCGAAGGUACUUUGGUAAUAAUGGUUUGUCGAGCUAAACAUUUACCUAACAGAAGAAAAUUAGAUAAACAAUCACCAUACGUUACAUUAAGAUUAGGAACUGUUGCCAAAAAAACACCAUCACAUUUCAGAGCUGGUCAAACUCCUGAUUGGACACAUGAAGUUAGAUUCCAAUUAUCAAGAGAUAGGAAACCUAUUAUUCGUUUAGAUGUAUUAGAUGAGACUAAGAAUGAUCCUACACCCAUCGGAACCUGUGAGAUUGAUUGUAGUGUUAUCUUGGGUAGUGAGAAUGAGAGAGAUGGAAAAUUCAUUCAUGAUAAAUGGUAUGAAUUGAGUUUGAAUGGUAGAAGGGCUGGAAUGAUUUAUUUGGAAAUGACUUUCUAUCCUUCAGCACCUGUUUUACCACCAAAAUUAUAUGAAAACAUUGAAUAUGAACAAACUUCAGAGAAUUUCCGUUCAAGUACUAAUAGUCAUGGAAGUUUCAAAAACUUGCCUUCACCACCUCCACAACAUCCAUCGAAGUCAAGAAAACCAAGUGUAGUGGAUGACAUUUUCGUUAAUGAAGAUGAUUUGAAGAAACGUAAUAAAUUCUUCCAGAGUGUUGAAGAUGCUUUAGGAUCAUCAUCAUCUAGUGUUGAACCAGACGAUGAAGAACCUGCCACUUUGAAGAAUAAAUACUUAGGUAAGUUCAAUAGAUUCACCAAGAAAUUCCAAGCCAAAGAACCUAUAACGACAUUUUGGGGUGAUAAACAAGAAAAUAAGAGAGUACAGAAUAUAACACCUUUUGAUACAGAAGAAUUCGAUAAUUUGGAUGACUUACAACGAGAUAUUCAACAAAAUCGAAGUUUCCAAAUGGAUGAUUCACCUCCAAGUCCUCCAGCUCAUUCAGUACAUUCUUUCCAACCAAACUUUGACCAUACUCCUCAUCAAAGUCCUCAGAGAAGAAAUCAAUAUCAAUCGUCACCACCAAAAACUCCCGCAAAAGAUAGAACCCCAGGACGAAAACCACCUCCAGGAAAGGUUAACCAUUCAACCACAGCCAUACCAUUUUCUGCUGAUACUAUAGGUAUCACUGAUGAAGACGAAUUACCCACCAAAGUUUAUUUCAUGGAUGAACAAGUGAAAUCAUUAUCGUAUUCAUGUAAUCCAUUCCCUACUGAACCUAUUGACAAGAACGAAAUCGACCCUAAAUACUAUGCCCCCACACCUAAUGAACAUUUUGGUAGUCAAAAACCUCGAUUCCGUGAUGUUCAAGAUAACUCAGGGUAUAUAGGAAAUGGGAAAUGGAAAAACUUCAGUCCUUCGAUAUUUGAUAGAAUUCCUAACGAUAAAAAUUUAGGCUUUGAAAAUAAGCCUAAUGUUCCACCUAAGAUUCCCCAAGGUCUUAGUGAAAGAGAGUAUUUUGUGUUAGAGAAGGAGAAGUAUUUGAAAGAUAUAAAUGGUAGAAGAAGUUAA